AUGUCUCAUAUCCCUGAGCUGCUUGACAUGGUCUUUUCCUUUGUCUCCCAGGAAACCCUCCACAAGACCGUCAUCCUCGUCUGCCGCAAUUGGUUCUUCCUCAACCGCCACCGAGUCUCGAGAGAGCUGUCUUGGGAUUUCAAGUGGUUUGCAGACGAUGCCACUAAGGCCCUAACAAGGUUACCAGGAGCAGGACGACUUGUCUGGAGAUGCGAUCACUAUUGCGAAAACACCUGGCCAGAGCUCAUCAAGUCCCUCAAUGGAAUCGAGAAACGAUACUCGAAUCCCUCGUCAAAGCGGAGAAAGUGGCCUCACAGUGCUACCCGAGGAGACAAUGGCUCCAGAAAACACCCAUUCCAGAUCUACAGCCCUCUCCAACAUGUCGAAUUGUUUAGCGACUACCACCUCAGCGACGAAUCCCUCAACCAACUGGCAUUCCCUUCCACGUUGACGACCCUCAAGAUUCAUCGCUACUCGACCAGCAGCCUUGACAUUGGCAGGAUUCUUACAAUCUGUCCACACCUCGAGGUCCUCCAUGCCGGCAGCCGUGCUCUACUGAGUAUUCAGGGAACCUGGACGCCACAGGAACGGGAAGUUGGAUUGGAGUCCUUGCCAUUGAAAUCGUUCGUGCUGGAGAACGUCAAGCUGUCGCAAUCCUGGCUCGAACAACUAGUCGCGAGGACCCCACAACUCAGGGAACUCAAACUCAUCGGAAUCACAGGUCCAAGCGGCAGCACUUGGGAAUGGUCAAGCCUCUUCCAGCACCUGAGGUCGCAACCCUUCGCACUACACAAGUUCCACUACUCAGUUCAGGGGGAGAUCCCUUCGGAAGACGAUCUCGACGAUAUGCUGUACGCCCUCUGCCCCAAUGGAUCGGAACGGACACUCUGGAGCUACAACCUCACACCCGGUAUUGUCAGGAGCAUAACAGAGCAGCCGAGUGUACUGACUAGCCUAAACGUCCUUUGGCACUACCUACCGCAUUGUCAUUCCGAUGGUUGGAAGGAAGGCGACCACUUUUACUCAUCAACACCCCUCCACCGUCUGCUCUGUGAGUCUCCCGGCCUUCGACACCUCAAAACCCUCAAGGUCCCAUACCUGAUUGAACUUAUGGACGUCCACUGCAGGGCUAAGGCUUACUACGACAGCGUAUUCCCGGAGCCUGUUGAGGGAAGAGAGAGGCCUACUUUUCGUCCUGGCGUCUGGGUGUGCCGAAACCUACAAGUGGUCCACCUUCAAGUCCACAGCCAUGGCGGCUACGAGCUCCAUGGCAAUCACGAGCGACAGGUCCUUCUUGGUUAUUUAUCAAGGACGCUGUUCAGCUACAUCUCCAAGGUGACGCCACAUUUGAGAGAUCUCCACAUCGAGGAGCCUUACGCCUGCUCGAUAUUCCCAGGAGUGUUCUCGUUCCGGACCCAUAUAUCGGAACAUUUAUUUGGCGGUUUGCCUCUGCUGUCGUCACUGCGGUAUCUGGAACGCCUUCGUGUUGACUUUGAUGGUAUCUCGUGCGACCUCUCCGAACUCAAUUGGAUCUACAGCGCUGGGCGAAAUUUGCAAGACAAGUGCGCACGUCGUGCCAUUAUGUCUAAGUGGGAGGAUCGAUUGAAUCGCGAGGCACAAGUGGAGGCGAUCAGGCUACAGAACACCCCCGUCGUGCCACUGUCAGGCUCAUGGUCGCAUGAUAUCGAGUUGCUGAAGGACCUCGAGUCGACAGGGCUGUUGCGGGAGGUCAAGAGUAGAGUGGAGGCGAUCGACGAGGGCGAGUAUGAAUGCCUUCCUAGCCUUCAGAAACUGUCUCUGAGUCGCGAGCUCGAGCGCUCACCCGAGCGCAGCAUGGGAUCUAUAUUCCCUCCCUUGCCCACCAAGAAGUCGAUGUGGUCAAUGUUCAGAUCAUGA